AUCAUAUGUUCGGACCAAAUUUCUAAAUUUGUUUACUAAUUAUAUAAGUCUUACUUGACGUUACUGACGCGGUGACGUAAAAUAACUAAUGGAAAAUUGCAUAGUGAAUGAAAGCAUUAAUAAUGAUUUUCUUUCGCAGUCUUAUUCCGAAGGUAUUGAAAGAAUUACGGGAACGAAAGGCAGUAUUUUUAAUUUUCAAAUACCGGUAGAACUUUUGGAAGUUCGAAAGAAAACUUGGGACAAUUUGUUGAAUAAAUAUUCCAAUGAGAUGUCUGAUGAUAUAGAGCUAAAUGUUAAUACUUUAGAACCUGAAGAAGAUAAAGAAGAAAAAGUAGUUAGCGAGGAAGAAUAUAAUUGUGGACAGAGAGUACCUAUGCGUAAACCAGCAACUUGCAUACAGUAUUGGAUAAAUACUGGUAAUCCACCCUAUAAGACGCUCCUAGAUGAAAACGAAUUAUCUGAAGCUGGUUCGUCUCUAAGCGAAAAAGAAAUUGCAUUAGUAUCUCCGGUCACAAAUGCAGAUAAGCAAAAAUGCAAAAAUGACUCAUCUUGCAGUUCUGUAGAUACUGCGGCUUACAUUCUAUCAAACGCAAAUAUUACAAAGAAAGCGGAUACUAUAGCUAUUAUAAAAGGUGCAAAAUGUGCCGAGGUUAAAUCGCACAAAAAGGAAGUUGCUGUUAAAGAUAUAGAGGUUCCAUCCAAUGAUAAGAUUAAAUAUGUGGAAACCACCAGAAUCAAUCGUGCGAUAACGCACAACAACAGUGACAAUGUUAAUGUUGAUAUUCUAGAUACGGAACUGUAUCCAGUAUCAACAGAAUGUAUGACAGCAGAAGUAUGUGGUAAGGUGGCCGCUGGCACCUUAGUAGCUUCUAAUGCAAUACAAUCUAAUGUGUAUUCGCAGAGUUUAUCUUGUGAAGAAACAGAUAAAACAGAGUUUAAUACCAGUCAAAGAAAUUUAAAUGUACAAACUAUAGAUAAUAUUGCAUCCAUUUUUCGGCGAUUUGAUAAAACGUCGAAACGAUUGAUCGUAAACGAUAAAAAUAAUGAUGUGUCAGAUUUAGAUCGAAAUAAAGUGCUAGAGAUGGAUUUUCACGAGAAGCAAGUGUCAGAAAAUGUUGCGCAUAAAAUUAUUGCAAAAAACACAAGUUUGACAACUCUUCAUCGUAAGAAAUUAUAUACAGGUAGGGAUUCCCCUGUAGACCUAAUACUAACCGAAACACAUGGUGCAAAUAGAUUAUCUGGAACAAAACAAAGUUUACAUCCUGCUUUAGAUCUUGAUGGUACAAUUAAGGGAGAACCAUUUUUAACUCGUAAAGGCAAAAAUAAACAUUCAUUUUCUGCUAAAAGGAACCUUGGCUCUAAGAAAAUCAAGGAAAAAGGAAGAAGAGAACUCAAUUGUAUUUCCAGUGAAAUUAUUACAGAGAUUAGUAACAAGGAUAGAAAUGACAACAAGGUUCAAGAUAAUACUAUUGACAGCUCUUUCAAGAAUUCAUCAGACUUCCAUGAUAAUUCGAAUAAACAAGAUGACAUUCCGUUUCGAGAAUACAAUGACACAAAUAUUUCUGUGAGAAAUGAAGACUUUAGAAAACAAAAUUUAGCAUCUCUUAAUCUAAAGCCAGUUGUACUUUUAGAGCAGAUUCAGUCUUUUAAUCGAUGUAAACUCGACGAGAAUACUCAUAUCGCACAAAAAGAAGAUGUAUGCAACAGAAAUUUAAAUAAAUCCAAAAAGUUAUAUUCUUGCAAGAUUAAAAAUCUGGAAUCAAAAACAAUAGACAGCGACGGAAGUACCAUUCUUAUUUGCCAAUGUAAUGCAUCGCAAUGUGUUUCGUCUUUGAGUGAUUGCUCUCUCGAUUUGAAACUGGACAUUGAAGACGACUUUUCUACCUCGAAUGCAGAAAAGAAAGAUGACAAACUAUCAAAUUUGAAAAAUACAGAUGUGAGUCACAAUAAGGCAUUAAAUGUGGAAGAAUUGCUACAGCUAUCAAAGAAAAAUUAUUCAAAUGCAACGAUGGAAUCGGAAAUUUCAAAUAAAACUAACGCCAUUUGGCAAAAUGUGUUAUCAAAUAAAUCUAAAACGUAUUCCUAUUUAUACGGAAGAAACGAUAACAUAAAACUGCGAGAAAUUAAAAUUGUAUUGGAACGAUUGCCAUUAUCAGUAAAAAAUUGUACAAGUACAAUGACGGAAAUGCAAGUCUUCAAUAAAAAUAAUGAUGCUGUUUGGGAAAAAGAAACGUCAAAUAAAUCUGAAAUACAUUUUUCUAAUCUAUAUGGAACAACUGAGAAAAAUAAUAUAAAACUUGGAGAAAUCAGAGUUGUAUUGGAACGAUUGCCAUUAUCAAUAAAAAAUUGUACAAAUACAAUGACAGAAAUGCAAGUCUUAAAUAAAAAUAAUGCUGUUUGGGAAAAAGGAACAUCAAAUAAAUCUAAAACGCAUUUUUCUAAUUUAUAUGGAACAACUGAGAAAGAUAAUAUAAAACUUCAAGAAAUCAGAGUUUUAUUGGAACGAUUACCUGCGAAUAUAUGCUUUAAGGAAAACAGCAAUGUUAUAAAUAUAAAUAUUUUUCCUAAUAAAAAAAUUUCCCAGAAUACAGGACUGCAAACUAACCAUAAUCGAGAAUCUAAAAUUAGGAAAAUUUCUAAAAGUUUGGCUUGUAAAAAUGAAGUAGCUGUUCCAUCAAUUUGUAAUAAUUAUUCAUCGAAGAUGAAUAUCAAAUCCAAGAAAGAUAACGAUAAAAUAAAUGAUACAUACGAUAUUGUCACACAGCGUGGAAGUCAAGUUUUUGAUAAGAUAGAGUCAAAGUUUACAUUUCAGCAUAAAACAUUUCAACACAAAAAUUUUAGUAAAGCAAGUCAAGAUGACCGUAGUAAAUAUUCAAUUUUAACAUUUACAUCAUCGGAUGAAGAUGAUUUUGCUCAAUCGAUACAACAUCCCAGAAAAAGGUCAAAAGUAUCAGCUGAGGAUAUAUUAAGCAAAUCAAAUAUCGCCGAGAAAGAUUUGUAUGAUCAGAACAAGUUGGUUAUUAGCAAUAAAGACAAAUAUAGUUAUAGUAGAAACUUAAGUACGGUAAUUCGUUCGUCAGAAAAGACUGUACAAAGAGACAUUGGCUCGAUAAAAAAGAAGAAAAAACAUAGUGAUGAUACGCAGACGGGAACUACCUCUUUAGAGUUACUUAGAAAUGAAGGAUUUGUGUUUUUCUCAAGUGAAAAUGACAACGGUAAUACUGCUGAUAAUUCAAAUAAAGCUAAGGAAAAAAUUUCGUUCUUUGAUAGUAAGGAAAACAUAAGUAAUAACAGUCUAAGGCAUUCAAAUGGAGCGAUAAAAAAAAAUGGGAUAGAUUGUAAGGAUAAUGCCCCCGUUAUGUUCUUUCAAACAAAAACAUUUGACACAAACUCUUCAGAUUCUGAAGAAAGCAAUAGUUAUACUUCAUCUACUUGUAAAGUGUUAACUAGUUCUUCUACUCACAAUAGAUUGCGAUGUCACGAUAGUAUCAAUUCGGAAGAAAUCUUUAAUGAUUCUAUUGCAAGGAAGUACAGUAAAAGACAUUUAGGCUUAUUGAAUUCUUCUCUUGAAAAGCAUAGUCGAACGCACAAUGUAAAAACUAAAUUUAAAUCAAUCGACAAAGAAGCCAAAACGAAUAAACAACUAGCUAAUAAAAAAUCUAAUAGCGAUAUUAAGUCGAGAAUCAGUGAUAUGAGGAAAGAUGCAUCUUUCUCUUCUCUUAUAAGUGAUAUACCAGUCACAUCUGUGCAAAAAACAACAUUAUCAAAUACUUUGAGAAUACUUGAAACUAAUUUAUCGAAAAAUAAAGAUAUCUCGGAAAAAUCUAAAAAUUCAGUAGCUAUUCAGCAGGGUGUCAUUACAUCUACGGUAAGAAAAUUGUUAACAUUUCAAACGAAAAGUUAUUACGAUUCUUCCGAUUCAAGCGAAACUAUGUAGCUUUCAAAAACUACGUUGUGAGAAACUCGCGCGAUAUACUUAUAUCAAAUAUAUGGAGAAUGUA